AUGGCUGCCUCCACGAAUUUUUCGGAAGAAAAAACGGGGUCUCCCUUGUCUCGUACGCUUCUGGUGGAGCUGUUGGGCCCAAAGAUCACUCUGCUUUUCAAGAGAAAGAGAAAGAGGGCCUUUGAGGACGAUUCAAACGCGACUACACCGAUGGACUCUCCACGUGAGUCUGAAGGUGACGAUGAUGAUGACCAUGAGCUGAGAAUAGGCAAAGUAACGAGAUCCAAAGCAAUUCUGAAACUGAGUGCUGGAUCUAAGAAAGAGUCGGAAUCCAAUGAAGCACCGGCACACAAACGUAGAAAAGUCAAGACUAAAGAGGAGGAAGAGUUCGAGGCUCGUGAAAAGAAGUUGGACGAAGAACUUCCAGAACAUUUGCGCAAGUUCCGGCCACAUGGAUUCAAAUUCAAUAUCCCCCCAGAAGACAGACCCAUCCGGAUCUACGCUGAUGGAGUAUUUGAUUUGUUCCAUUUGGGCCAUAUGAAGCAAUUGGAACAGGCAAAAAAAGCGUUUCCGAGCGUGGAGUUGGUGUGUGGUGUUCCUUCAGAUGUCGAAACACAUAAGAGAAAGGGAUUGACGGUGUUGACGGAUCCGCAGCGUUGUGAGACCCUUCUCCACUGUAAAUGGGUUGACGAAGUAGUGCCAAACGCACCUUGGUGUGUCACUCCAGAAUUCUUGAAGGAUCACAAGAUCGACUAUGUAGCCCACGAUGAUUUGCCGUAUGCCUCAGCAGAUACUGAUGACAUCUACAAGCCUAUCAAGGAGUUGGGCAUGUUUUUAACAACUCAGAGGACAGAAGGUAUUUCGACCUCAGAUAUCAUCACCAAGAUUAUCCGGGACUAUGACAAGUACUUGAUGCGUAACUUUGCCCGUGGAGCCACCAGAAAAGAGCUCAAUGUCAGCUGGUUGAAGAAAAACGAAUUGGAAAUUAAGAAGCACAUGAGUGACUUCAGGAGCUAUUGGAUGAAGAAUAAAGAGAACUUGAACAAUGUCUCCCGAGACUUGUAUUUCGAAAUCAGAGAGUUCAUGAGAGGCAAAAGAGUCGAUGUCCAGUCAUUUUUGGACAGCACCAGCAACGCCGGCUCGAAUGCUAAUUCCGAUUCAGAAGACGUACCAUUCAGAGCAUAUUCUCCUCUCACAGAUUUCGCAGCCAAAUAUAUAGGAAAUGCUAACAAAGAGCUCAACAGCCCCAAGUCCAUCUUUGCCAAUGUUAAGGAAUGGAUCACACGUGACCAGGAUGAUGACUCUGCUAACGAUGAAGACCAUGACACCGACUCUACAAAGACGUUGGUUUCUUCUAGGAAUAAAAGGGCUGAAAGGGCCUCUAGACUCAAAUCGUCUACUAGUGCAGUUAAGUCGGAAAUUGCAUCAUCUCCUUCCAGACCUAUCGCUACACCCAAGAAAAAGAAGACCACGAAGUCUAAGAAAUGA